CGAUCGCGCCUUCGGGUUGAUAUUAUUUUAUUUUCGUAAUUUUAUUAUAUCGACAGUGGUCAGCUCGAAUCAUAUGUCGAAUGUUGGCAGGUCCACGUGGUGUGCUCCCCAGUCUCGCUCGACAGUGUACGUUGGACGAUUGGUCGUUUUGGGCGAUUGUUUGUGAUCGUUUUUGGUUUUGGCGCCCCCGAAACUAGUUUCGUCUUUUCUGGAUUCGUCCACAGCUACAUCCCCUGGGGCUGUUUAGCGUUUUUGGCCAGCCCUGUCAAUCGAGGUAUAUCGUGUGUUAGUGUGUUACACUUGUUGCUGUUUUCUUGUUCGUUUCGAGUGAUAUUCAUUGCCUGCGGUUUAAGAUUCCUGGCCGCAAGCGCACUAAAGUGACUGAUGAGAUCGCAUCUGCAGUGUAACUUCAGUUUCGUGUCUCGCGUGACGCUGCGGACAGUGACAACAUUUGGUUGCUUGUGCAAAACCGUGCAAGGAUCGAGCGAAAAGUGAUCAACCUAAUGAAAUUACUCGUCAAGAUUGUGAAUCGUUCUGUUAAAUACGCGUUUUUUUUAAGAACAGAAAACACAAGUAAUGCAAUGAAGUAAAAAACAUCGACUACCAACGCUUAAUACAGAUCGAAGAAAAUUUAAGAAAGAGUUGUGUACCAAAUUUCUGUUUAAAAAAAACCAUGUUUAUGUGAUAUCACGUCGGAAAUCAAGUCUAGCAAGUGUUAAUUUUUCGUAAGUGAAAACAACAAGUGCUAAAGAAUAGCAGAUUUGAUUCGUCAAAUAAUCAAUGCUCACCUGUUGCUGUACGCCUGUAAGAUUUCUUCUGGACCAAGGCUGCGUCGGAGAAUCCUUUGGAUUUGACUGCUGAGUUUGCUGAUGUGUUCCUGACCUGUUGCUGAUGUUCCCGGUUUGCUGUGGUGCUGUAGCUGUUGCUGUUUGCGGACCUGGAGAAUGCGGUUUUGCUGACCAUCAUCAUUUUCAUCGUGGGAAUUCAGUACCUGCCUCUAUCGACGAGGGACAAUUUCUCCCGAACGUUGCCUUCUGAGCAUCUACCAAAAAGAAAAUCGUCCUGUACCGUACAUCAACAUAUUCUGCGAAAACUAUCCACCCCAGCUGAACCACCCUGUGCCACCCGCCACUGUCACGGCGCAGCUGUCAAACGCCCGGUUGACGUUUGCGAGUUUGUUUUGAAGUUUGAUUGUUUUGAUUUCGGAAGACCGUGUUGUUUUGCGGUUCGCGAAACCGGAUCAAUCCGUGAUUCCGGCACGGUUCGUGUGAAAUCCGCGUAUCUAACGCGUUAUCGGGCCGGGAAGUAAAGUACUACAGCGCAGUGGUAAGAGUAGGCUAUGCGAUAAAAAACCCUUGUGCGCUGUGAAAGAUAGCGAGCAGGAAAGAAACACCGUCUAUCACAAAGCUCGUUAUCGCGGUUUCCCCACUCAGUUCUUUUCUUAUUGCGAAUUCGGUGUUCGUUGUUCGUUGGCCAGGUUAGUUAGGUACAGUGUGUCGUGUGUAUUCGCGAGAUUUUUAAGUGUGACAACAGCGCCCACUUGUGUGCUCUUGUGGAGAAACGCGUCAACCUUUCCACGUCGGCAACAUACGCGCAAGGGGUUACUUCCGACCGUGUGCGAAAAAGCGUUUUUCGUAUAGUGAGUGUGAUUGUGUACCUCCGGGGUCCGCUCUGCAGUGAAAUAACGUGUCUGUCUGCAGUGCUGUGAAUCUCUACUUGUUCUUGUGGUUGUGGCCACGCUACUCAAAUCGACCCCGCGCUUGCUUCGUCCAGUAGCAACCAAAGCCUGUGCGUACCCGGCCGCCAGUGCCAACCUUUUUUUUGUGACCACCGGUACUAUAAAAGGCGCAAAAAUUUGGGAAAUAAUGGAUCCCACCGGUGGGCGCGAUUCGCGCUACAAUCUGAACUACAGUAUGAGCAUGAUGAGCGAAUCGCCAGAGAUAUACGGCAACCCGAACGUGUCUCUGGCGCGCCCACCGAGCGGUGGUCUGGUCGGGCAGGUGAUGUCCCGCGGUGGGAACGGUGGAACGGGCUUGAUGAACGCCAAUGGUCCACAGUGCGGUAGUGGCGGUGGUGGUGGUGGUGGUGGUGGUGGUGGUGGUGGAGGUGGCGGCGGCGGAGGUGGUGGUGGCUUGUCUCGCGGCAUAAAGCGCACCAACUCGGACUGCUACGACGAUCGGCAACAGAUGGUCGGGUCGCAGAACAUGACCGGACUCGAUGGGUGCACCGUCGGGUCCGAGGUGGUGGACGACAGCUACACCUCGCUGCAGCCGAAAAAAUCCCCUCCCAGCAAUGGAAAGAAGACGAAGGGCCGUGUUAAGAUUAAGAUGGAAUAUAUCGACAACAAACUACGGCGGUACACGACGUUUUCUAAGCGCAAGACCGGCAUCAUGAAAAAGGCAUAUGAACUGUCGACACUUACCGGCACGCAAGUUAUGUUGCUGGUGGCCUCCGAAACCGGUCACGUGUACACGUUUGCGACCCGCAAGCUGCAACCGAUGAUCACGUCGGAGGCGGGCAAGGCGCUCAUCCAGACCUGCCUAAAUUCGCCCGAUCCACCGACGGGUUCAUCGGGCGACCAGCGCAUGUCCGCGACCGGCUUCGAGGAGACCGAGCUCAGCUACAACAUCGGCGACGAAGACUCCAAAGAUGAUCGGUCGCCGAUGUCGUCCGGCAGUGAAUCGGACGAUUAUUCGCCCCCGGAAUCGCCCCCUCCAGGACCUAGCGUUAAUACUAGCAGUAAUACCAACGUCAACAGUAGUAAUAAUCAUCAUUUGCAGCAGCAGCAAUCGCAGCAAGGCAGCUCGAACGAAAGGCACACUACCAGAAGUGCAGGUACACAGAGUGCAGGAAGUGGUGCAGCAUCAAGCACUGCUGCCGGCACGGCAACAACAAGCGUGAUGACCGCUUCAAGUGCUGCUGCUGCUGCUACCAUUAACGCCAUCCAGCAGCAAAUUCAGCAACAGCAGCAAGCACUUCAGCAGCAAAUUCAACACUGUCAGCAGCAGCUACAGCAGCAGAAACAGCAACCAAAGUCCGGCAAAGCGAAGGCAUCCACGGUAAAGGUGAAACAGGAACCGGUGGCUCCGUCGGCAGUACCACCAACGUCGACAAUAUCCACCGCCACAUCGUCAACAAUCGUUGCACCGACUCCGACCAGUGUGGCGCCUCAGAUUACGAGCAGCAUCAUCUAUCCGGCGUCGGCACUGAGCACCUUACCACAGGAUGUGCUGUUAAACCUGCUACAAUCGGGACAAAUACAGCUCCAUAGUGAAGGUGGAACACAAAAAUACGUCACGAUCCCACUACCUCUAAUGUCUGGCAAUAAAACUACAACCAAAUCAUCCAACGCGUCCAAUGGGCAGCAAAAAUCCUCGAGUGCCAACUCAACGUCCUCUACAUCAUCUAGCUCGUCUGCUCCCGUGACUUCGACCCGAAGCGGCAGUGGUGCGUCCUCAUCUCGGCGGAACACUACUACUAUUAAGACUGAAGUGCUCGAGUAGCAAGGCUUUAUUGGCGUGUGAAACCCCCACUCGUGGCAGGGAACAUAUUCUCCAACAAAACCAUGUCCGAUUAAGUUCAAUCGGUACUUUUGUUUCUUGCUAUUGAUUAUUGGUUUCGAGAACUCGAUUCGUAUGUUGCUGAGUGCAAGCACAAUUUAGAUAAAUAUUACAAAAGUUUGUUUGGAAAAGGGCUUGAUUGAUACUUCGGUUUCUGUUAUUGCACAUUUCUAGACAUUUUAUUGCAUUAUAGAUUUGUUUCAGAACAAAUUUCAUUCAUUAAUUAGAACCACUUAUAACCAAUGUCCCUUAUAACGAGUUUUACGCCAAAAGGAAGCGAUUAGAGAUAGGGGCAGCGUGAAAUUGAAAAUGGUUUUUUGUUGUAUUCCUUACAAAAUAAGUUGAAGUAUUAUGUUUUAUGCUUCAAACGAUACGUAAAUGGAUUCCCUUAUGGAAAAAAAGAUCGCUAGUCAAAUGUAACCAUUUACAGAAUUUAAAGAUUUAUUACAACAUCGUGGAACAGUUACGUCGUGAGUCAAUACCAUAAGCAGAUACUUUCUCGAUAUAUCAAACCUCUUGUCCGCACGGUUUGUGUGUUGAGGAAGUCUUACAACGAAUCGUAAAUAUGUUCCAAGAUCUUGGGAUAAAUCGCUAAACUCUGUACUUAUAACGGCACGGUCCUUUGCGAGAAAUUGUCACAUAAAAUUUGAAUUUGAUUGAAAGUAGUACUUAGUGGAAUUCAAACACGUACCGUGUGAUGCAUUGUUCGUGAUAUUUCAGCACAUUUUUUAAUGUAAUAUAGCCGAAAAACAAAGCUCUCCUUGUUAGUUUCACGCUACUGCUGAUCGCACCAUAACGAGCAUUUCUAAAGUUUGAGUUUUUACUUUGAUAUCAUUCAAAUAUUUGAAUAUUUCUUCAGUGGACAAGUAAUGUGAUGUAAUACAUCUA